AUGCCUAUUCCCAUUCAUACAACCCCACCGCCGUCAAGGACGAGCUAUAUCAUCCAACAGCUCGAGGGAGAGCGUCUUUCCAUACCUGGAAGCAAAGGCACAUUCCGUAUCCUUGCUUCAACUCAACAGACCAAUGGCCAGAUGUCGGUUUUCCAAAGCGGCGCUGUCCUGUCGGAUGCACCCGGGUUUCACUAUCAUAAAGAAGCCCACGAUGUUUUUCUGGUAACAAAAGGCUUCAUGAAGCUUUGGAACGGCGAUAAGUGCCGUAUAAUGGGUCCUGGCGAUUUUGCCUAUGUACCCCCAAACAUUAUUCACAAUCCUGAAUUGCUCGGUCCUCAUACGGAAACACUCGGUUUAGUUGUGCCAGGUGACUGGAUCGACUUUUUUCGCUACAUUGGUGAACCGUUUGAGGGCAACCUGAUACCAGAGCAUGACGAUCGCGAUCUGAAAUCGCAUGUGAUACCCAAGGUUAUGUCAGCUCCUAAAGACUUUGACGUUCAUUUCGUUCGGGACUAUCAGCCCUCAGCUGUAGGAGAAUGGGAAGAAACCGAAAGCGUUCUACCAGGAGAGCUGAAGCCGUAUUUUCUUCGAGCUAAUACUGGACCUCGUUGGAUGGCUGGUGGUGUCAUGUCUCGUCCUUUUAUCACUACUAAAGAGAGUGGAGGGAAAUUCGCCAUUUCAAGUAUUGAGUCAUCUGGCUCCUACAAGACGUCUUUGUUUUCGGAUUACUUGGUCUUUCCGGAAGUUGACCAUUGUUUGUGCAUGCAGGAGGGUACGCUUCGUGUGAAUAUCAGAGGCGAUGAGGAGUGGGUGGCUCUUCAUGAAGGUGAAACAGUCAUGAUUGCCGCAGGCCAAUAUUUCAAGCUUGACUUUGGAUCGAGAUAUGUUCGAUUGUGGUCUUUUACGGAUGGACCAGGUAUUGAAGAGUUGAUCCAUCAGGCUGGCGAGUCUUACCAGGGUUUUGUACUUCCAGAUGAGGCUACUGCUCUGGAUCAGGCUAAGCUCAAAGAUGCAAUUGAGAAGGUCAAUGCUAGAAGGGAAUAA